AUGUUUCAUGCUGCACUUCUCCCCUUAUUGGGAGCGACCGUGGUCACCGUCCAGGCCGAGGUAACCCACAGCUUGGCUAGGCUUCUAGAUGAGACCUUGUUCUUGGGCGUAACGGACACUGCUGUGACGUUGGAGGGAGGGCAGCAGUUGUCGACUGUCUCGGAAAUCGUCUCAGUAGAUGGUGGUAGACAUCAUCUAGACCAUUGGAACGUAUAUAGUGUCCCUGAGGACGCCACUGCAUCCCGAGGAGUGCAAGUGGAGAUGCAUGCUGAUAUGGGACUAUUUCUAUUAUUGUCUCUGCCUCCCGGUGACAGGAGCCUUCAAUUUGAAGAAGGAGUGGUAUCAAUCCCAGAUGAUGGUGAUGCCUUGGUGGUCAUCUUCGGCGAGGCUUUAAAGUCGUGGAUGGCCUCGACAGUUGACAUCAUGGCAGCUCGCCAUAGGGUGGCAAUACCUGCCUCCAAUGGGAGUCAGCCACGAGUCGUCUUCGGUCGGAUGAUGAUGGCACCACCUACGGCCCUUAACUCGGCAGGGGUAUCUUAUCAGCAGUUCUUCAUGGCCCCUCAAGCCUUCCAGUCUAGACGUAUGCUCAGUCAGUGCGCAGCAGGCCAAGUCUACUGUUGGCUGCGUUGUAUGACUCCACCAGAAGGUUGUCCCGCUGAGAACGCCGUUUGUUGGGACUUCCGCAAGAUGGAUCUGUGUGACAUGACCCCGGGCAAAAUGCAGCCGGAUUGUGCAUUGAGGUGCCCAGCAGGGAUUGCUACCGCUGGAGAAUUCGCCGAGGACGAGCCUUUUUGUGAGGGCUCAACCGACAUGGUCAUGUCUGGCCUCCACAACAGUCAGGUAAUCCUCGGAGUGGCUGUUGGGCGAAUACUCCCGACCAGUGAUGAACCUACAGGAUACAGGAUUGAUGAAGCCGAUCCCUGCUGUGCCGCCAUCUCAUCAAACGACAUGGAUCCCCCCCUGAUGGUAGAGCCAGGGUCCAGCUACGUCAUGGGGCAGUACACGCCCGUAGGAGCUAGUGCAGCAGGAAGCAACAUGUCAUCAGUCAAUAACGUCUCACAGCAGCAGCAGCAUCACCACACUGCUAACCACCUCUCGCCGAGACCAUCACAGUUUGUCCAGCAGCAACAACAACUGCCACAAUACACCAAUGCUGCUGGCUCGGCGCCCAGCCAUCACCAAGCUCCCUCACAAAACACCAAUAACAGUAUGGGCCAACCCCCAAGGGUUCAAGUAGCUAAGCAGCGUGCUACGAGUACGAACAUGUCAAACCUUGAGCGGAGUGUAGCCCAUGGAGUUCAUCCGCAGCAACAGGCAGCAUAUAGAGUCGAGUCUCCUGGUCGUGUACAGCAGCACACUGGUCCGACCCAGGCUGAGGUGGAUAAGAUUCACACUGAGCUCGUUGCUUUGGGAAAGGAGCUCCAAGCAACGACCGACAAGUUGAGGGAAAAGGAAGAGGAAGGCAGAAAGUUGAGCGCAGAGCUAGACAAUUACAAAGUGAGCGAGGGGCACUUCAAAGCGGCCCUGUCCAAGCUACGGACGGAGAAUGAGUCCCUCGUAUCGGCUGCGGCGGCUAGUCGUGCACCCGACCCGAAGAUUGCAGACUUGACGAAGCAUGACCUCGAGGAGACCAUGGGAACAUUGAGGGAAACUAAGCAGCAAUUGGCGUCACUCAAGGCUCACUUAGAGCAGCAGAGCCAGCUGGUGGCGCAGGAGCAGACGAUGCUGGUCAGUGAGACGGAAGCACAGCGAGGCCAUAUUGCGAAGCUCGAACAGGCCCUCCAGGAGGCGGCCCAGGAGAACGAGAUGCUGCAGGUCGAGCUCAACUCCUCGACUACGGACAGAUCGGAGUUGAAGAGAAUUCAUGAGCAACUCCGCAACACUGAGAAGGAACGGGACGCUGCUGUGACGGCUAGAGACGCUGUGGUUGACAGAGAGAGCGCACUGAGGCUAGACUUGGAGGCUGCUAGGAAGGAAGCUAGGCAGGCACUUCAUAGAGCUGAGCUGGCUGAAGUGAAAGCGGAAGGGCGUGUAUACAAGGAAGAUGUCAUCAAGACCUCCAACCUGUCCCACUUGAAGCAGAACACGGACGGGAGCAGUAGCGAUGGUGGCGAGAGCAGUGCCGCGGCUAUGGUACGGAAGAAUAGGGAGCUGGAAGGGCUCCAGGAGCAAUUGGAAAUGGCUCGAGAUGAGAUCGCCCACAUGCAAGAGGAGAGAGCUGAGCUCAAGAGAGCACGAAGGGAGGCGGAGGAAAAACUGCAGAAUAUCAACAUAACAGUAACGGAGGCGACUAGCAAGAAUAAGAUUGUUAGCAAACUACACGCUGAAGUGAGCGACCUCAAGAGGGAGAUUGCCAGACUACAGGAGGAGCUGGCACGGUGCAAAGAGAUGCCCAGGAAGAAAGAGAACAGAUCUACUGACUUCAACGUUGGAAGCAGUGUGAAGUCCAAGUAUCUCAGUGUGGCUGGACCGGCGGAUACGAAUGCUACACUGAACGAUCUCGAGGUCGGACGGUACAGCAAAAUCAGCGGCAGCCCAUUCGCCGAGUCGCCGAUGCCUCAUAAGACCCAACGUGCCUUCCCGAGCGAGAGCACUCUGAUCAAAUCCCCCCUCUCAGCGAAGAAACUCGGUGGCAGAGACAGUAGUGGCGGUAGAAAGUCGAAAGAAUCUCCCGUGAAGAUCGUCAGGGCUCGAGGACUGCUGAAUAACCUUACCGAGAGCGACCCAAUAGUUUCAAAAGCACUAGUGGAUCAUCGCGAGACUGAUGGCUUGUCGAAGGAAGAGUGCUAUGGGUUGAUUGAGAAGCUCCUAAUAAAUCACGAGAUACCAGUCCGCGUCAAGAAGGUCACCUGCACUCAGGUUUUCCGCACAAUCGUGGAUGCGGUGUCUCAGCCGCCCCCCACAAAUCUCCCCUCGAGUUUGGUAUUGGACUAUUGCAAGAAGGUUCUCGAGAAAGUUAUACAUAGCAGCCAGUACGCGUGACAUUCAUUAAUCAAUCAUGCAAUAGCGUUCAUGUUCAUAUUCUAACUUCAAAUUCUCU